ACGUUGGGACGUGGACGUAGUAGUUUAGUCAAAAAAGUGAUUUGUGGGUUUUAAAGCAAACAUUGAAUUUGUGUGGUGUUAGUGGCUAACAAAAGUGAAAGACAUAUUGGCAGGUGCAUUUGAGCGUGUUUAUGAAACCGUCAAACCCAGCUGAUUUCCAUAUCGAGUAAAUAUCGACAUAUCGUGCAGUAACCAUAUCUAAAAGUCGUCUUUUCGUGUCUUGUGAACCGUGCGUAAAAAAUAUUAUCAAACGAUUCGUAUUUAUUAUAUACGUAAGUAAACGUUUGUGGUCGCGUAUUCGUGUCGUCCGUGUCUCUGUAACUCCACAUUCUUGAAUAAUAAAAGUGUGUAGGGUUUGUUUAUCGGUUAACCGACUGCUCGCCUUCUACCUAUCGUCCUGCAAUAUUCAUAUGAGGAUGCGCGCAGGUAUUUGAAGAGCUCUUUGCCACUGCAAAUAAAGCCACGACAAGAGUAAAUAACCAGAGGAGACGGAACACAAAAAAGUUUGUCGUUCAUAAUUAAUAAAAUAAACAGGCGAAAAAUGUCGGAGAGCGCAUAUAAUUCGCCCUUGUUCAGCAGGAGGUUGACUGAAUCCUGCUGUAGUUCUCCUGCGAGAAGUAUAGGAACGCAUACAUCCGACACUCUGACGGAUUCCGACGGCGAAGGGGACCAACUAUUCACCGAAAUUCCUACAACUCCGGAUCAGACCGUCAUAGCUGGAUGGCUGAAGUUCAGGGACAAUAAAAAGUGGAAGCAGAGAUGGGGCGUCAUCACUAAACUGUCACCAGCUGCAGAUUGCCUCCACUUGCAACUUUAUCGCGAUUCAAAGGAUCGCUACAAGCAAGGCCAGACCAAAGCCUCGCUUUCCCUCCAGCAUUUCUUGGGUCUGGAAACUGGAUUCACAUUAGAUAAAGAAUCGAACACCGUAGCCAUUCUCUGUCAGGACGUCGUAGUCGUCCUGGCUUUCGAUAACAGGGAACGUUUGAUGCAAUGGCAAGUCAAGUUGAGCACACAUUUAGGGGACGGCCCGCAUUUUCUCGUUCUUGUAUCAUCAACUCCGGCAAAGUCACGAUUACCUCCAGGUCCCGCAAGACUUCACGUCCAAGAACGAGGUUUUUGUUUGACUACUGGAGUCCCGCCGCGAGUUGCGGGCGAAUGGCUGAUUAGUAACUUAAGGAGGUAUGGGGUGGUUGAGGGGAGGUUCUGUUUCGAGGGCGGCUCGAGAUGUGGAAAAGGAGAAGGGUUACACGUGCUACUUACCGAUCAGGGGGAGGAAAUUACGUCCACGUUGAAAGUCGCAGCUGUUGGGCAACUGCAUUCGUCCAGGAGGAGGCCUGUCUCGAGAAACAUGUCAGUUAUGGAUAGUCCGCGACGGCCUGCCUUGCGAUCGGACGGUAGGGCCACAAUGGAAUUGAGUGAUUCGUCGAUUUUAUCACGUGCUGAUUCUCCUUACACCGAUUUGGAGAGUAAUUAUGGUUGUGGUGAUAGUAUAUCGAAUGAUGGUUGGGGGGUUCCCCCGAUCGAGCGUUGUAUGAGUUGUAUCAGCAAGCUUGGGGCGUUAUCAAGAUCAUCAACGGCGACGGUGACAAUGGCUACGCCUUGUUGGGAACACACUUGUGACAGACAUUCGAUUAGUAGUGGUUCCGAUAGUAGUGGUUGGAGUCAGGCGGUUACUAAACCACCAGCAAGGCCCCCGAAACCAAAUGCUGGUCCUUUAACUUCUCCCAGUAAGAAACCUCCAGCGCCGGCACCAUCCUGCUAUGACAAUUAUGACAUUCCCAAAAUCCCAUAUCCUGUGGAGUCAAAAUUGGACGAGCAUUACGACACGCCUCGCAAACUAAAAGAAUGUUUAUUCGACACAGUCCACAAACCCUGCGGUUGUAUAAUCCGCGUCCGCCAGCCCGAACCGGAAAGGCCAUGCGUUUGUCAACGUCUCAUGUCGUGCUGGUCUGGAGAUGAAGACAUAAACGCCCUUUAUGCCACCGUUGACAGGAGUAAAAAAUGUCAACGCAAUCAACCCACAGCUGCCAACUACGCCAACAUAACGCCCAUGUCGGCCCCCACUGUUCCUACUUCUUCCAAUUACGAAAACAUGGAAUUUGCUCAAACUCUCAAACUAUACGAAAACAGCAAAGAAAUCGUGGAAAAAGCGCGCGCUUUGUGCAGCAAAUGUGGCCACGCUCAAGACGACUACCUCAUGAUGGAACCCUCCGCCAGCAAGCCGGCGCCGCAUCCCGGCUACAUCCCCAUGUCCCCCGCUGUGAAGCAGCGUCUCGGCAAGGCUCUCUCCAACAGCAAUCCUAAUCUAGCGCCGGCCCUCGACCGCUCCAACAAGCCCUCGGGCUCGGCUAUGCUCCACGCUAAUGUUUACCAACGAAAACAACUCCUCGACUCGACUGAUAAUCUAGAUUUGAAGCGACGACGAUCAAACUCGGCUGAUUCCAGCCGCUGCGAAGAGACUGAAACUUCUCCGUGUCAUUGCGUCCAGUCCGUAGCUGUGAGAAGGUCCUUGUCCGUUCCGUGCAAAUCGAAUCGGGACUCGUCGAGUUCCAACGAUUCCGGAGUCUUUGAGUUACCUCGCAAGGCGGCGCAAUUAUGCACCGUUUCCACUUUACCUCGACGUUCGAAAUCUUCAGAUCCGCUCCGGGAUUUGAGCUUUCAAUUUAAUAAGGCUGAAGGAAAGUCCGCCAGUGCUGAAGCGGAGGUUCCGGUCUGUCCGUCGGGAUCGACCAGUAGUGGUACUUCCGACAUGUCUGAUUACUUCGAAACGCUGUCCUUGUCCUCACACAGUUCCAACGAAGCGCCGCCACCAAGCUGCACCCUCAGACCCAGGUCGGGGAACGAGUAUCUCAGUUUGCAAAGGCUCAUCGCACCCGUUCCCGAAGAACGGCAUAACUAGUCUAUAAAUAGGAAGCAAUAAAUAUUAACAGUAUCUAGUACAACAUUAUAAUUAUGAUUAAACUAUACAUGUAAUCAUUUUCUGUAUAAAAUUAUGACUUUAUAAUAAAUUAUUCAUUGAACAAUGAAAC